AUGCAUGUGACUCAUGUUCCAUCCCAUCCACUAUCUCCACUGCUUAUCCUUCACUUCAUGUUUUUAUCUCCGUCUGAUCCACCACCAAGGUUCACGAAGGUUCCCGUCGACCAGAUUGGCGUCUCAGGGGGCGUGGUCUCCUUCGUUUGCCAGGCGACAGGCGACCCCAAGCCCCGGGUGAGCUGGAACAAGAAAGGCAAGAAGGUCAACUCCCAGCGCAUAGAGACCAUCGAGUUUGACGAGGCCGCCGGCGCCGUGCUCAGAAUCCAGCCUCUGCGCGCGCCGCGAGACGAGAACAUCUACGAAUGCGUAGCCGAGAACAGCGAGGGCGAGAUCACCGUCAAUGCCAAGCUGUCCAUCAUCCGAGAGGACCUGCUCCCAGCUGGCUUCCCUAACAUCGACAUGGGCCCCCAACUGAAAGUGGUGGAGCGCACUCGAACAGCCACCAUGCUGUGUGCUGCCAGUGGCAACCCUGACCCAGAAAUCACCUGGUACAAAGACUUCCUGCCCAUUGAUCCCAGUGCAAGUAAUGGGCGAAUCAAGCAGCUACGCUCAGAAACAUUUGAGGGCACCCCGAUUCGAGGUGCCUUGCAGAUCGAGAACAGCGAGGAGACGGACCAGGGGAAGUACGAGUGCGUGGCGUCUAAUGUGGAAGGCGUGCGCUACUCAUCCCCUGCUAACCUAUAUGUGCGAGAGCUUCGAGAAGUCCGGCGGGUCCCUCCUCGCUUCUCCAUUCCACCGACGAGUCAGGAAAUCAUGCCCGGAGGCAGUGUGAACAUAACGUGCGUUGCGGUGGGGUCGCCCAUGCCUUACGUCAAGUGGAUGCUGAACGCGGAGGAUUUGACACCAGAGGAUGAGAUGCCAGUGGGCAGGAACGUGCUCGAACUGAGCAGCGUUCGUGAGUCUGCCAACUACACCUGUGUAGCCAUGAGCAGCCUUGGCAUCAUUGAGGCUGUGGCGCAGAUCACCGUCAAAUCUCUCCCCAAGCCUCCAGGUACUCCUGUGGUUACUGAAACCACUGCCACCAGUGUGACCAUCACCUGGGACUCUGGCAAUCCAGAACCAGUGACUUACUACAUUAUCCAGUACAGGGCAAAGUCCCCAGACAGCAAGUAUGAGACAGUGGAUGAUAUCACCACUACACGUUACAGCAUUGGAGGCCUCUACCCCAACACAGAGUAUGAAAUCCGUGUCUCAGCCGUCAACACAAUUGGCCAGGGUCCUCCCAGUGACCCAGUAGAAACCAGGACUGGAGAACAAGCCCCAGCUAGUCCACCACGGAACAUUCAGGCCCAGAUCAUUUCCCAAAACACCAUGAUGGUGCGCUGGGAAGAACCCGAGGAGCCCAAUGGGCAGAUCAAGGGAUACCGGGUUUAUUACACCAUGGACGACUCCCAGCCCAUGAGCCUCUGGCAGAUCCACAAUGUCCAGGACAGCAUCAUCACUACUAUCCAGAGCCUGGUUCCUCAAGAGACAUACACAAUCAAAGUUCUUGCAUUCACUUCUGUAGGCGAUGGACCCUUCUCAGAGCCCAUCCAUGUCAAAGUACUGCAAGGAGUUCCAGGUCAACCGUCCAAAUUCAUGGUUGGUGCUGUGUCUGACACCAGUGUUGAGCUGACCUGGGAACCUGCCUAUGACAAGGAGGGAAUAAUAAAUUAUGAACUUCGCUACUCAGAAGGCAGUUUCGGGACCCCGAUGAAGAAAACCUUUGGACCCACAUCUGCAUAUGUUGUGGAAGGGCUCCGCCCAAACACAGAUUACCAAUUCUCCCUGGCAGCCAUUUCAAACAAAGGCAUCGGAGCCUUCACAAAUGACAUAUCGCAGAAGACCCUGCAAGCCAAGCCCUCAGCCCCCCCUCAAGACAUUAAGUGCAGCAGCACCAGCUCCACCUCCCUGCUGGUAAGUUGGCACCCCCCGCCUGUGAAGAGUCAGAACGGUGUCCUGGCGGGGUACAGGGUGCGCUACGAGGUGGUGGGCCCGUCGGAGGGCGACGGCGACGAAGACCCCGACGAGCCGACGGUGCCUGCCACCGAGGAGCAGAUGCUGCUGCAGCGACUGGAGAAGUGGACCCAGUACCACAUCACCGUGUCGGCCCUCACCGUGGUCGGGCCGGGCCCUGAGAGCGAGCCCCUGCUCUGCCGGACAGAUGAAGAUGUUCCGGGGGCUCCUCCAAGGCGUGUGGAGGUGGAGGUCCUGAACUCCACCGCACUUAAGGUGAUGUGGCGCUCCAUGACGCCAGGCAAGCAGCACGGUCAGAUCCGUGGUUACCAGGUUCACUACGUGCGAGUGGAAAAUGGCGAGUCAAGGGGCCUCCCCCUCAUCAAGGACGUCAUGCUGGCCGACGCCCAGUGGGAAACGGACGAUACAGCUGAUUAUGAUAUGGUCAUUGGAGGACUCAAGCCAGAGACCACUUACUCCAUCACGGUGGCAGCAUACACCACCAAAGGUGAUGGAGCCCGGAGCAAACCCAAACUGGUGGUGACCAAAGGGGCAGUGCCUGGUGCACCCUUUCUGUCUGUGGCUCAGGAAUCAGAGACAUCAGCCGUUGUUCGCUGGGACCCUCCAGAUCUGACCAAUGGCAUGGAUCUGCAGGGUUACCGGCUCCAGUUUGGCCGCAAAGAUGUCUCUCCCUUGGCCACUCUGGAAUUUGCUCCCCAGGAACGACAGUACCCUGUGGGCAACAUUCACCGGGGUGCCACUUAUCUCUUUAAAAUCUCUGCCAAGAGCAGGGGGGGCUUUGGGGAAGAGGCUGUUGUGGAACUCGGUAUGCCUGAGAAUUCGCCAGGCGGAUACCCUCAAAUUAAUGAGGGCUCCAAUGUGACAUGCUGCUCAGUGCAGCUGUCCUGGUCCCCACCAGUGCUGGCAGAGAGGAAUGGGGUAAUCACAGAGUAUACGUUGGCCUAUAAAGAGACUGCUGCCAAAGGAGCACCGCAGGAGCUGAACUUGGCCCCCAACCUGUCCAACUACGUGCUCAACAGCCUCAAACCGAACUCAGCGUACGAUGUGAAAAUUCGUGCACACACCAGUGUAGGUCCAGGGCCCUACAGCCCUCCUACCCAGUAUCGGACGGUGGCCUUUGAUCCAGCAGAUGUCCCCAAGAAUUUCACAGUCAAAUGGGCCACCAAGACCGCAGUGGUUCUGGCGUGGAAGUUUUCUGAAAGCAGGUCUCCAUACAAAUGCACGAUUGAAUACAACCGUCAGAAGAUGGACGUGGAUGCCAGGCUGAUGAGGGUUCUCGUCACUGGACUAAGGCACAACACCACAUAUGAGUUCAGGGUGACCUGCCAAGAAAGCAUGGACGGUGGGCCGAGGCACCGCGUGGUGGCCAGGACCGCGCCACUCAUUCUGGUCAAGAAGCCCAAGAUGGACAUCUACGCGGAUCCUGAGAACCUACUCACUAUGUCCUUCCCACCGGUCGAUACCCAGGAUAUCAAGAUCUUCUAUGUAGUGGUGGUGCCUCUUAAGAGGACGAUAGGAGCUGUCAAAAACCUGAAGAACCCUGAUGAAAUGGACAUGGAAGAGCUGUUGCGGGAGGUGACCCACAAGCGUCGCUCCCGCCGUCAGCUGGCGCAGCAGGACCAGAGGAAGCCCUUCAUCACGGCGUGCUUCAGGCAGCUGCCCUCCAGCUUCACGGUGGGAUCGGACCACCGGCACAGCAGCUGUGAGAACAAGCCUCUCGAGCCGGGCCAGGAGUACGUCUUCUUCCUGCUGGCUGAACUCAACGCCACCGCUGGGAAAAUGUUUGCCACCAGCCCGUACACGGACACAGUGAUGACCCCUCAGGUGGUGGGGGACCCCCUGCCAGUAGAGACUGGUGAUGGACUCAUAUGGGUGGUGGGCCCAGUGCUGGCAGUGGUCUUCAUCAUCUGCAUCGUCAUCGCCAUUCUCCUUUACAAAAACAAACCUGACAGUCGCAAGAGAAAAGAGUCGGAGCCGCGCACAAAGUGUCUGCUGAACAACGCAGACAUUACCCCCCACCACCCCACAGACCCUGUGGAGAUGAGACGCAUCAAUUUCCAAACUCCAGAUUCUGGUCUGAGCAGUCCUCAGAGUGAAGCAGAUAUUGACUAUGAAAGUAUGAUGAAUCAUCCUCCCAUCCCCAUCUCCGAGCUGGCGGAACACACGGAGCUGCUCAAAGCCAACGACAACCUCAAAAUCUCCCAGGAAUAUGAGUCCAUCGAUCCAGGCCAGCAGUUCACCUGGGAGCAUUCCAACCUGGAGGUGAACAAGCCCAAGAACCGCUACGCCAACGUCAUCGCCUACGACCACUCCCGGGUCAUCCUGGCUCCCAUUGACAGUAUCACAGGUAGCGACUACAUUAACGCCAACUACAUCGAUGGCUACAGGAAGCAGAACGCCUACAUCGCCACCCAGGGUCCUUUACCCGAGACGUUUGGGGACUUCUGGAGGAUGGUGUGGGAGCAGAGAGCAGCCACCGUGGUCAUGAUGACCAGGCUGGAGGAGAAGUCACGGAUCAAGUGUGACCAGUACUGGCCCAGUCGUGGCACAGAAACCUAUGGUAUGACUCAAGUCACCCUGCUGGACACGAUAGAACUGGCCACUUUCUGUGUCCGCACUUUCUCCUUGCACAAGAACGGCUCCAGUGAGAAGCGGGAGGUUCGUCAGUUCCAGUUCACGGCGUGGCCUGACCACGGCGUGCCAGAGUACCCCACCCCGUUCCUGGCCUUCCUCCGUCGAGUGAAGACCUGCAACCCGCCUGAUGCCGGACCCAUCAUAGCCCACUGCAGUGCGGGUGUGGGGCGGACGGGCUGCUUUAUCGUCAUCGAUGCCAUGCUAGAGCGCAUCAAGCACGAGAAGACGGUCGACAUUUACGGCCACGUGACGCUGAUGCGGUCUCAGCGGAACUACAUGGUGCAGACGGAGGACCAGUACAGCUUCAUCCACGAUGCACUGCUGGAGGCGGUGGCCUGCGGCAACACCGAGGUGGCUGCCCGGAGCCUCUACUCCUACAUCCAGAAGCUGGCGCAGGUGGAGAGCGGCGAGCAUGUCACCGGCAUGGAGCUGGAGUUCAAGCGUUUGGCCAACUCCAAAGCCCACACGUCGCGCUUCAUCAGUGCCAACCUCCCCUGCAACAAAUUCAAGAAUCGGCUGGUCAACAUCAUGCCCUACGAGACCACACGCGUCUGUCUGCAGCCAAUCAGAGGCCUGGAAGGAUCCGACUACAUCAACUCCAGUUUCAUUGAUGGAUACAGGCAACAGAAAGCCUACAUCGCCACACAGGGCCCUCUGGCCGAGACUACAGAAGACUUCUGGAGAAUGCUCUGGGAGAACAACUCUACCAUCGUAGUCAUGUUGACCAAACUGAGAGAGAUGGGACGGGAAAAGUGUCACCAAUAUUGGCCUGCUGAGCGCUCUGCCAGGUAUCAGUACUUCGUAGUGGAUCCCAUGGCCGAGUACAACAUGCCCCAGUACAUCCUACGAGAGUUCAAGGUCACAGACGCCAGGGACGGCCAGUCCAGGACAGUAAGGCAGUUCCAGUUCACCGAUUGGCCAGAGCAAGGCGUCCCCAAAUCCGGGGAGGGCUUCAUUGAUUUCAUUGGCCAGGUUCAUAAAACAAAGGAGCAGUUUGGACAGGAUGGACCAAUCUCUGUUCACUGCAGUGCUGGCGUGGGCCGGACCGGAGUCUUCAUCACCCUCAGCAUCGUGCUGGAGAGAAUGCGCUACGAAGGCGUGGUCGAUAUCUUCCAGACAGUGAAGAUGCUCCGGACACAGAGGCCGGCCAUGGUCCAGACUGAGGAUGAGUACCAAUUCUGCUACCACGCAGCUCUGGAAUACUUAGGAAGCUUUGAUCACUAUGCAACGUAA